AUAAGUUUUGGCCUCGAUUUGGGCCAAAAACACAAAAAUCGACACAAUUAUCAACCGCAUUGUCACACAAGACUGGGCUAAUUGGAAAAUUAAACACCUAAAUGAGUUAGGAAGUUGUAAAUUCGCCAAUUUAGGGGCAAUUUUCAAAUUACCCGCCAUUUCGUCCUUGAACCACCUCACCCAAAUGUGAGGUUACAUUUAUGUCCACCACAAAAAAAAACACCGAAACUAUACAAAAUGAUUGAAAAAAGCCAAUUUUAACAGAGGUAACCCUCCUGUUGCAGAAAUUAAACGACAAAACAGGUUAUGAAGUUGUAAAUUCUCUAAUUUAGUGGCAAUUUUCAAAUUCGGCGCCAUUUUGUCCUAAUAAAUGUUCAAAUCAAAAAAAUUGGGUUUUGUUGUAAAAACUGUGCGAAUACAUUGUUAAGACUCGUGUGAUAAAAAUUAAACGCGUAAAUAAAUAAGGAAGUUGUAAAUUCUCCAAUUUGGUGGCAAUUUUCAAAUCCCCCGCCAUUUUGUCCUCAAACGUGAGGUUAUGUUUCAUGUUCAAACCAGAAAAUAAUCAUGGGUUUUGUUGUAAAAACCGCAAAAACGUUGCGAAAUCAUUGGAAGAAGUCUACGUUUGCGGCAGUGGCCCUCCUGUACGGCUCCCAAUACGCCAAGGAGCGUUUCGAGACUCAAGAAUUGAUGCGUGUUUAUUGCGAGAAGGCUGCGAAAUUGGGCGAAGCCCCAAUCAGAGUGGAGGCCGACCCCCGCACCGUCACGGUAAUCCUAAACCCCAACGCGAAUCGGCGUAAAGCCGGCGAUGARUUUGAGAAAUAUUGCGCCCCCUUGUUGCAUUUGGCCGGGAUUUGCGUGAACGUCGUCAAGACCGAGUCGGAGGGGCAUGCCAGGAGUCUCAUCGGGGAUUUGAACGGGACGGAUGCGGUGGUUGUGGCAGGGGGCGAUGGGACUGUCUCGGAGGUGAUCACGGGGCUGUUGCGGCGUACGCAGGAAAACACYGAGGGGUUGAUACCAAUAGGUGUUUUGCCCUUGGGUAAGACCAAUUCAGUGGCGAGAGUUUUGUUCCCUUGUGGGGGCUAUUUGGAGAAGGUGCGGUCGUUGGCCGACGCCACGAUGGCGGUSGUUGAAGAAGUCGUUCAACCGAUUGAUGUUUUGAAAGUUGAGGUGUUGGAAAGUGAAAAUAAGCCGAUUUAUGCUGUCUCUGGGAUUAAAUGGGGGGCUUACAGAGACGCAGAAACGAAAAAAGACAGUUAUUGGCUUUAUGGCAAGUUUCGUAAUUAUGUCACUUAUUUAUUUAACGGAUUUAGAAGUAAUUUGACGUGGAAUUGCGCAGCUGAGCUUAAUUACACACCCCCUUGUACAGGGUGUUCCAAUUGUGCUCAAGCAACACAAAGGCCAAAAAAGUGGUUUCAGAGAUUUGUUAAAGACCAAAAACCGACCUUUUCGAAUAUCACCAAUCCGGAAUGUCGGACAAUUUAUCAAAGGGAUAUUUCAACAGUUGAUUUUAAUCUAACAGUAGAUGGUGAAAAAGUCCCCAAAUUGGUGGUCAAUGUGGGGCCACAAAGUGUCGAUUAUUUCGAUUUUGUCAAAGAAGGGUGGAAGUCGGAAAAGGGACAAAAAAGAACAGUGAGCGAGAUUAUUGAAGCGAGGUCGAUGGAAAUUCAGCCAAAAUUGGCGAAAAAUGAGGAAAAAUUCUUUUCUAUUGAUAACGAAAAUUAUGAACUGAAACCGGUCAGAGUUACGCUCUUGCCGAAAUUGAUUAACGUUUUUUGUAAAAAAGAAAAUUUGUAAAUAAAAAAUUUAAGUUGGCAA